AUGCCAGACUUUGCUGUGCUGCUGGCCCAAGGCCCUCCUUUGACACACAACGAGGCUUUGUCUGGUGUUUUCGGCUCUAUCUCAUUGGCCUCGUGGAUCUUCCUCCUGGUCCCUCAACUCGUCGAGAACUACAAGCAGGGCUCUGCAGAGGGUAUAUCCCUAGCCUUUCUCACCGUUUGGUUCAUUGGCGACAUCACCAACCUUAUCGGCGCCAUCUGGGCUGGUCUCGUGCCCACAGUCAUAGCCCUCGCCGUUUACUUCUGCUUCGCAGAUCUCAUCCUCAUAACGCAAUGCGUCUACUACAACGUCCUCAAUGCGCGCCGGGCGGCUAGGAAGUCGGCGCGAAGUGCUGCGGCAUCACAGGACAGCCCCGAGCAACCACUUCUCGGACGUCGUGAUAGCAGCAACCUCGGACUCCCGGGAAGCCACCGCAGGCGAAGCUCGGCACAAUCCGCACAUAGCAGGAGGAGGCGAGCCAGCUCUCUCCCAAGCAUUGGGGAGGAGAAUGUCGGCAGCAGAGAAUGGGUCAAGAACGCAUUGAGCAUUGCGGGCGUCUGCAUUGUUGGAGCCGCAGGAUGGGCCAUCGCAUGGAGGACCGGCGUCUGGAUCCCUCAGCCCACCGAUAACGAUGUAUCUGGCACUGAUCCUGCGCUCGGCGCUCAGAUCUUGGGCUACGUGAGCGCGGUGUGCUAUCUCGGCGCUCGCAUUCCCCAGAUCAUCAAGAACCAGAGGGAUAGGUCUUGUGAGGGCUUAUCGCUGCUGUUCUUCAUGCUUUCUUUGUUGGGUAAUGCCACUUACGGAGCAGGGAUCCUCUUCCACUCCCUCGAGAAGGAAUACAUCAUCACCAACCUCCCUUGGCUCAUCGGCUCUCUUGGCACCAUGGUCGAGGACGUCACAAUCUUCGUCCAGUUCCGCAUCUUUGGAAACGGCGAGCAGACCGCUGCUAUCGCCUAA